UGCCAACGCAGGCGAGGUCAAGGCUGCUCCCCUCUACCCCUCUGGUCUUUGCUGAUCUGCUCCGCCUCCGCACGACUGCAAGAGCUGCCGGUGCCGCCUUCUUCGGCGUCUUUCUUCCAUCUCCUUCGGCUAUUCUAUCUACCUGCAGGGUUGCCUCCCUCUCUGUCGCACAAAGGGGGUUUUCCUGUUUGCCGUUCCAAUCGUGAUGCGUGGUUUAGUAGCUGGGAUCAGCUCCUAUUUGUGCAGAAGAAGACCAGUAAAUGUUCGAUCACGCCAGUAUUCGUCAUCAUAUCACGAAAGAGGGUUUCCAGAUGAACGAGCCAUGGAGGAGGAAGCAGAAAAGAAAUUCGGAUGGCUUUUCAAACUUCUCUUUAUUGGAACUGCAACAAUCGGUGGAUACCAUAUCUUUCCAUACUUAGGUGAUAAUCUGAUACACCAGUCUGUGUCACUUCUAAAUGUCAAGGACCCACUAUUUAAAAGAAUGGGGGCAUCAAGAUUAGCUCGUUUUGCAACAGAUGAUGAAAGAAGAAUGAAGAUUGUGGAGUUGGGUGGGGCCCAACAACUUGUGGAUAUGUUGGGUGGUGCUAAAGAUGAUAGCACACGUAAAGAAGCUUUGAAUGCUAUUGUUGCCAUUGCUCGUUCUGAUGAAGCUGUUGGGGCUCUGCAUAGUGCUGGAGCAAUCUCAGUCAUCAUGGGUACUCCACUAUCUAGUGAAGAUGCUGAAAUCGAGAAAUUUAAGGUGAAAUUGCUGAAAAGAUUUAGAGAUCUGAGAUACGAUGAAAGUUCAUCUUGAAAUUAAGCUACUUUUGUUGAAUGUUUGAUUAGAACUAAAAAGAGUGUAAGACUAGACAAAAGCUGUAAGGCCAUUUAAGGUUACAAGCUUUCAUAAGUUAUUUCCUGCAGCUUUAUAUGAUUGUAUCAAUUCCAUAUGGUGUAUUUUCCCAUCAUCAAGAUCUGUGGUAUGAUCUGAGAACUAA